UCGCUCUCUCCCCUCCCCUCCCUCCCUCGGCUGCCCGCCCCUGAGUCUGGAGCAGCAGCAGCAGCAGCAGUGGAGCUUCACUGCCUCUCCUCGCCUCACAGUGCGGGAAUAUAGCAGCGGAGAGCAGAGAAUGGAUACGGAAGGGAGCCAGAGCAGCCUGUCCUCCGGCACGGACAACUCCCCCCACGACCCCUGGUAACAGCCCUUAGCCCGGCCGCACGCGCUUUCGCUCGGCUCUCGGCCCGGUUUGAGUUCACCUUGGACUUUAGUUUAGUUCAGUGCGGGAGAGGAGCCGCGCCGAGACAAAAGACAAGCACGCUGUGUGUGUGUGUAUGUGUGUGUCUGUGAAUGUGUGUGUGUGUGUGUGUGUGUCUGUAUGUGUGGGAUGGAUCCACUCAGCACAGAGGAGACACAGACGCGCCGCGGCUUCCUCUUGUUUGUUUAUUUAUCUCCAUUUUCCUCCAUUACAACUUCUCCAUCAUCUGGAGGACCCUCUCCCUUUUCCUCCUUCUCUAGGGGAUUAUAACGGCACCACUGGCCGAUUGGUGACUUCGCAACAUGGCCGAUGCUUUCUUCUUACUUUAUUGAUGCUAUAUACAUGUAAUUCCCCCACCGUAUAGUCCCCCCUAUUUACUGUGCAUACGUUGUGCUUGAGAGACGCGUGUUAUCCUGUGUGACUUACAGCUUGUAUUUCUCUCAUUCAGCAAAAUGUUCAUCGGGGGUCUGAGUUGGCAGACAACACAAGGUGAGCUGUCCCGCACGCUACUUUAAUAAGUCUGACUGAAAGCCUAGUCUUGUUUACUCCUGUUUUUUUCUUCUUCUCUUGCUCCCCUGAAAGCCCGAGAGUCUGUGUGAAGUUAAGGAGAAACACUGUAAAUAGUUAAAUCAAAGCCCUCUUUUCAAUAAGGAUCAGCUCUUUGGAUUUAGACUUGCUGAGACGCAGGGAGAUUAACACGGGGAAAUGCAUGCACAUUCAACCACUUUGUCUGCCUUUCAUUACAUGGAAGGGCAUUUCUAGUGAAAGACGUCAAAUAUUGUGCGUAAAAGCGCAAGUUGGGCGCAUAUCGAUGCCCGCGCUUAUGUGUUGUUUUCCUUAUUGUUGCACUCCGUUGAAUCCAUUCAUUUCUUUGCGCCGGCUGCUGCAUGAGGACACUUUAUUCUUAUAUAGGAUGGCCCGUGUUAUUCUCCCACUGCUGCUGCUAUCGUCACCAAGUGUGGCCGUGUAUGUAAUCCACGGGGCCUAAUGGGCUAUUAUGCUGAAUGGCCAGAUAGCCUAGAAUCUCAGUAGACUGGAGGGGACACACAAACACAACGUGGUCUGCCCGACCCCAUUGUCUCUCUCCAGCAACCUCACCAAGGCCUGUGGAUAAAACCCGAUAUUUUGGGUUGAUUUAACAGGUUUUCUUUUUGCUUGUGUUCCCAGAGGGCUUAAAGGAGUACUUCUGUAAAUUCGGCGAGGUGAAGGAGUGCAUGGUGAUGCGGGAUCCCGUUACCAAGCGGUCGAGGUAAGAAGGAGGCGUGUGCGCUCCGUCGUCCUAUCACUGGAUGCCUCAUGCUCUGCCAUGCUUUUGCAUUAGACUGUCGUGAGUUUGCAUUUUGUUUUCUUGUUUCCUAAAGCUGAUUUGCCUUCUUUGUUGUUUAUGUUUUCUUUCCCAGGGGGUUUGGGUUUGUGACAUACGCAGAGCAAGCCGGCGUUGAAAAGGUUUUGGCGCAAAACAGACACGAGUUGGACUCCAAAACGGUGAGCUCUUUUCAGCCCUUGUGAAGAGCUGGAUGCUGCCAGCUUGAGCAACUUUUCCAAUUUCACUUCUGUGUUGCAUGUUUUUUCUCUCUUUCCCCUCGGUGCAUUUUGCCUCCCACCGUAUGGCUUGUGAAGUUGAGGAGUAGGUUGUGGAGCACCCCUCCUCCUCUUCUCCCACCUCCUCCUCUCCCUCUGCUCAUUUCCCCCUCCAAAUCCCGGUUCAGGGCGCCAACAUGAAAGCGUUCUUUCUUGGUCUUCAUUGCCAUGGUUACCUGGGGACCUGAGUGGGGUAGGAGCCCCUUGCAAAACCCUCAAAGGGUUUAUGCAGAGAGAGAGAAGUUUUUUUUCUUCAUAGAAAAUAACAGCAACGUUUACUACGGGCAGGAGGGAAGACAAAGUUUGAGGGAAAGGAAACAGUUGUGUUAGUGGUUCUUAAACUGCUGUCAGUGGGAGGAAGUCUUCUGUGAGGUCCGAAUGAGUCUUAAUUUCAACAUGGAUGCUGAGGUUUGUUUGAACAACUGCUGUGAUCUGUAGUUUCUCUGUCAUUUUCCCUCCUACACCCAUACUCACUCAUGAAGAUUCAAAUGUGGGCUAAUUGGAAAAACAAGUCACAGAAAAAUCUAAAGCACACCAUUUCUGCCUUUCAGUGUACACCUUUCUUAAGGGCAGCUGCAGUAAAACACGUGUGAAUCCCUGUGGUGUGUAGUUUGAAGAAAAACCAAAGCAGCUGACUCAGAUUUAAAUAUCUAUGAAUGUGUGAAUGCUUAUGUCUUGGUCAUGUAGAUUGGUUGAAGCAGUGGGGCCUGGGUGUGUCUUAGUCAGCUUGUGGCUUCUCCUAACCACACACACACACAUGCACAGGGUUCAGCAUACACAUACACACACACACACACAAUAGGAUCAUUUGAGAGUGAAAAUCAGUGGCACAGAAAGGCAGCAGUGCCCAGGGGUGGAGAAAGGUAGAGUUGGUUAGUUGUUGGAGCAAGCCUGUUGCUGGGGGUGACGCCAGCCACCGGAGACCGUGCUGCAACUGCACGGCCUGAUGGGAUUUACGUCUCCAUAACAACUUCUCAGCUAUUUUGCAUUAACUUAAGACACUCGGCUUGGUCGGGAAGCAGAGCUCUGACUAAGUAAUAUGAGUUUGUAUGAGUGUGAAGGGUAAAUUUGUGUGUUUUUUUAGUGCAGAAAGUUGGAUGUUUGUGGACAGUUGCUGUGAUUUUUAUGAUUUACAAAAUGCCGCUCGUAAUCGGACAUUAUUUUUCUCCAAAUAGCUUGGAAGAAGCUUCUAAGCAACUGUAAAGUGUUAGCCAGUGAGUCAUGUUACCUAUUAAAACUAGGUACAGUGUUUAAGAGCCAGGUUGUGUGUGUAUGAGUGUGGUGUGAGCACUGGUUAGGAGGCAGCUCAGCCUGGCAGGCCUCUGGUGGGGUUAGGCGUUGCCCUAUUAUAAACCAAAAUACAGCACAGGGCUAAACAAUAAUAAUAAUAAUAAUAAUUGAACCUCUCAAACACUGCUUUGGAUGAUUUGAUUGUUGUGGCAGCAGUGUGCGAGGGAAGGAUGGCAUGGUAUCCAACCAGGUGUUUUAAAAAAGGGGGUUUGGUUGCCAUUUUGUUGACGGGCUUUAGAAAUAAGAACUCAGAGUUGUCUCUCCACACAGGUUUGAGCAUUUCUUAGAUUUAUGAGGGCUGUAUCUGUAAAAAAUAUAUAUAUAAUGACUCUUGAACUGUGUUGCUUAAAGUCUUAUUCAACAAAACGCAUCACAUAAAAGAUCUAAGUAGACAUGGCACAGCAGCAAAAAGAGCUUAUAUCUUGUCUCAGUUACGACCUCAGUUAACUCAUAAAACUAGUCAAACUGUGUAAAGCGCCAAUCACCUAAAUACGAUUGUGAUUUGACUCUGCAGAUGUUUGGGACCAACUUCUCAGCAACACCUGUUUCAUUUGAACUCUUUUUUUUCUGAUUUAUUUAUUUUUGGUGCACUCUGUGUCCUCCCCACACCUGGACUCCCCUCUCCCUCCCUCUCCCUCUCCCUCUCCCUCCACAGUCAGAUGAGGAAUAACUAUUGUUUGAUCAGCGUGAGAUGUGAGAAAAAUGGUCCUCUCCGGAAUAAGGAGGAAUCACUCACUGCUCUGAUUUUUGUGUUUUCCCUUUUUGCGCGGAGUUUUUGAUUUUUUGCGAGCUAAGAAGCUGUGACGCCUGCAGCAGUAAGAAGAGAAACUGGGAAGGUGAAUAAAAAAAAGGAUGUGACAGAGCAACAGGGUGCUGUUUGAGGACAGGCAGUGUGAGAAGUAAAUUACAUGAACUGGUGCAAGGUCCAAAUUCUCUUGGUUGCAAGUGGUAUUAAACAUUUACAGUCUGGUUACUUACAAUAUUGUUUGCAUUCUUUGAAAGCAGGAUCUACAACCUUUAAAGACUCCUUGGACUUUGUAGAAACUGUCUUUACCUGUGAGCCGAACAUUUAGAUAGAGCAAAUGAUAGGUUGUCUGUUUUUUUUCUAAGUGAGGUCUGUUGAGGUUGUUGUUUUGGUUGGAGGUUAGAUUUCCUGCCCGGCCACAGUUUGGCCUGAGGGCAGUGGUGUGCUGUUUUGUUUCUUUGGAAAGAGAAGAAGGCACAACUGGUAUUUGUUUUCUUGGGGAGACUCUUUACUGGAUUCACUCAUAAGAAGAAGAAAAGAGAGGGCCAGAUAUUCUCUGAAACUUCUCAGAUUAGUGCCGUAGGAAUUUUAGAUUUGGGUUUGUUAUUAUUUGAGGCACAGAUCUAAGAAAUUCAGGUGGGUUCGGAUUUGUCCUUGAAAAUGAAGCACAUUUUUAAUUGACUGAUUCAGGCCAAAAAGCGGUGAAUUUGUGUUCCAGUUUGUAAAAAUUCUGAUAAAUAAGGUUGUAUUACAGCUGUGUUUAAGUGAAGCUUGAAAUGCUUACAAAGUCGUAUUUUGUUCAUGAUCCAUGAUAAACAUGUGGGAAAAUAUUUAAUAAAAAAGAAAUAUAUGAUAGACUUUAUUUUUCUUUUUCAUGUUUUAUGCUAUCUAAUAGAAAUGCCCUUUUCAAAGUGUGCCAAAGUAGGUGUUAAUUGCUGCUUUUUUCCACUACCGCCUGUGAAGGUACAGUCAUAGCAACCAGCAUGGUGCUAAUGUAGCUGUUUUCAUUUAUAGCCAUGCCCUGUAACAACAUAUGGUAGCACCAGCCUCUGCGGACUGUUGGCACUACAGUCUGCCACGGCUAACACCUGGUUAGUGGAGAGUUUCUUCAAAUGCUAGCACCAGCCCCUCGCUCCUGACUCCAGAUUAGCUGUGAUUGCUGACGUGGACAAAACUGCAAAAAGGGGGCGAGAUGGCGAAGGUGGAGGAGAGAGGAGGGAGGCCCUGUUCCUGUGCUGUAAUUAGUAUAGAUCUGAAAAGCAACUAAUCGGAUUGAAGGCAGCAAACUGGAUUGGGCUUCCGAAGGUCCGUGCUCGGCCUCAGAUCCGAGGUUAAAGCCUGGACCUGCUUUAAAGGGGUGGAUACAGGGUUUCUCCGUCUUCGUGCUACAUGUGCUCCAGCCACACCCCCUCACACCACCGCCCUGGCGUGGCACCCUAGCAGGGCUACAGGGGUGGGGUUGUGUUGAGUAGUGGUGGUGGUGGUGGGGUCCUCAUUAGUGAGCUUCGUUAACUAAUUACUGUGCCAUUGUUCAGCUGUGCAGAUUGACCCGGCUGGCCUAGACCCAAACCAAGUCUCUCUCACUCUGCAGGCACUGACACGCCAGCUUCCUUUUGUCCCCUCUUGUGUUUAUAGUUUUUUGUUUAGCUUAUAUUGAUUAUUGUGCCAUAAUAGGGCAGCCUGUGGUGCCUUUUUACCAGCAUGGGUGUUUGCCAUUUUGUUGCAGGAAUGUCUUGGCAAACGUGUCAGAGCUUGAACGUCUAUAUAUGACUGGUUGUUGUAAGUUUGGAAAGGAUGCAUUAGUGUAAAUUGUGUUUUUUUCCGUUUCCUCGCCAGCCUAAUUACAUAUAUGUGUCACUGUAUAUACACUGUAUAUGUGCUAGUGUAUGUGCUACAUUAUGUGGGUGCAUGUGUGUGUCUGUGUGUGUGUAUAUGUGUGCCUGUGGGGGUAGCACGGGAGCCCCAGUUCCUCUACGGGCCCAUCUGUUUUGUACUCUUUGUCCUGUUAAUUAAUGAAAUCAGAGGGGCUGCCUGCUGGGACGGCCCUGCUUGCACCGCUACGCCGGACAGGCCCACUUUCUCAUGAGCUGACUCUGUUUUCCAAAUGAAUGCCUCCUCUUUCUCCCCAUGCUUUCUCAUUUUCACACUCUCUCUCUCUCUCCUCUUAUCUAUCCAUUGAUUUGACGUUCUAUCUUUUUUACUUUUUUUGUUUUCCAGUUUGUUACUCUGGUGGACGCGCUUGGCCACGUGAGGUGACUAUUGGUAGUAGAUUAGUCUUAAAAGCUAAACCACCUAAAUCAUAUUGUAGGCUCUUCUGCCGUCACUUUGCUGCCUAGAAUGAGCGGAGGUUGGAUGUCAUGAAGCAGGAUGUUAGUCAGACCGUUUCACCAACACUCAGUCAUAACUCUUCUCUGUCAGUCUGGAAACUUUCAUAUUCAUCCUUCAAAAGUUCUUUUUUCCUGUAUUUUUGAGAAGUUAUAUUUCCUUACUUUUGAUUGCCACUUUUCAACGUCACGCUUCAUAAGAGCUAUUUCUGAGUGUUGCAAACAGUGACCUGGCUAAUUUAUUUUCACUUUUUGCUUUGUGGCCUAUCUGUCUUCCUUGAGGCUAAUCCGCCAGUCUGAUAGAUGCUUUAGUUUUCAUUUAUUACAGCCGUCGUCUGAGUUCAGCCAGAUGUAGAAGUUACAUAUUAGUUCUAUUUUGUCGUCACACUGGAGCGGAAUGAUUUUUUUUUUUAACAGCAUGGCAUGACUGUAGCUGUAGCAGCACUACUACAGAUAUUGCAUUAGGCCUAACCUAGUUUAGAUGGUAACCUUUUAUGACUUAUUUUAGGCUCUUUGUGUAGAGCUCUAGGUAACUACAAUCCAUGAAUUUUGGUUACUUUGACACGUGAACAUCAGUGGAAAAUACAAUUUUAUAUACAAACAUCAAACACAUUUGUGUACUGAAGUUGUAACAAUGGUACCUGUUUCUUUAAUGAGCCUGAUAAGUUUUGAUGUGAUUACACACAUUGAUAAAGAUGAACCAGUUAAUUCGUUGAGCUGAUUGACUGAGCCAUUGAAAGAUCUUAGGUUAGACCCAUCUUAGGUUGGGUCUUGAUAAUUCAUCGAACAAUGAGCGUGGUCUAGACCUGCUCUUUUUCUUUGGAAAGCGUCUUGGGACGAGGACUGUUGUGAAUUGGCGUUAUAAAAAUAAAAUUUGAUUGAUUAAAAUAUAUUUGUAAAUAACUGGCAUAUGCAGAUGUCUGUGCUCACCAGGCUGAUUUAAAAGAAAAAAAAAAGAUUAUAUCUGCAGACACUGCAGGCAGCUCAGUCAGUGAGCUUCCAGUCAUUUGGUAGCUGGUAAAUCAAAAAUAAGCACAACAGUUAGACAAGUUAUUGUUUUUAAAUUGGGUUUGUUUGCCUAAACAAACAUUUAUAAUGCUCUGGGACAUUUUUGGGAGGGUGAUAAAAAAUAGUUUUGCGCUUUGACUAUAACUGUCAUGCGCCCUGCUUUAAAUGUUUGCCUAAAUUUGCUUGGUCUUUAUUAUCUUUUUUAAGAUGAUGUCAUGCAAACCUAAUUAGUAAUGACAGCUCAUAAAAUCUGAAACAGUUGCUGGUUAGUGUCGUGUAAUUGAUGUGUGGACUGAUGCAUUUUAAUAUUGCUACAGUCCUGACUGAUUUUCUUGAACCUAUAUAGUAUAUAGAUUAAUAUAUGUAUUUUUCUCUUUCAUCUGUUGAUUAGUCAUCAACUGACUAAGACAGCCAUGUACUUUUGAUCGUAACAUGCAUGAAUUGAAGAAAUUAUGUAUGACUGUCUGAAUUAUCAGCAUUAAGAUGUUCUAUUUCACCAAAUGCAAAUGAGUUAAAACAACUUUAAACCAACAUUUCAUUUAUAAUACAUAGUCCAGCCUGCCUUAUAAUUGUCUGUCUAUUGACAACCCAGUCUUGGUCAACAGCUAGAUUCUAGUGUUUAACACAUAGUGAAUUUGCCCAGCAGCCAGUGUCCUGAUGUUCUGUUCCUCAGCAGUUUUGACUAAUUGAAGAAAAUGUACUACAGCAUGUAUCAGUUUUCUGAAAUAAUUUGAAGUAGAUUGAUCACAAGAAUAAUUAGAGAAAAUUAAAUCCAACAGAGGCACAACUAAAGGAGACCAGUCUAAAAAGUGACCACAUGCUGCUUAAACAGCACAAAGGCUUUGGGAUCCUCCUUGCUAUAACUGUGUAUAAAGAUGGAUUUUAUUAGUGGUUAUUUUACUGUAUACACUGUACGUGACUUCAGCCUUGUGUUAAACGUGAGCGCUGCUCUCUGACCGCUGUCAUUGUCAGCUCAUUGUGAGUGUGUGUCUCUGCCACACACUCGCCUCAGGGCAGCACCUGUCCCUUCGUUCUGCUAAAAGAGACCAUGGCAGGCGGGCUGACCUGAACACGAGAGGCUGUUACCUCCCAGCACCUUUAGUUUGGGGGAAACGGUGGACAUGUUGGCCACAGUUACAAGAAGACAGUGCAACACAAGAUUUAAUAAUGACUAGGCACAUUACAGCCUGCUGUAGUAGUGAUUCUGUCAUUGUGUCUCACUUCAGAGGUCACUGCAGGUUGUGCUUUCUAUUACGCUGUUUGCUCAUUGUCAUAAAUGGACUAAAGAUAAUCUUUUUUCAGGUGUGCAGGUGAAAUAGUGAUUUUCUAUAAUAUCUAAACAGUGAAACAGGCUCAAACAACAACAUCUGCGCUUGUCAUUAAUAGAAUUAACAUAUUUUGAUAAAAUGUGAUGUGCAUGGUUCAGCAUUGCAGUAAUGAUGUAAAAUGCAAUGAUUCAUCAAAUAUUUAAGAUUGCAAAUAAGGUUUAACCCAGAGUAUAUUAUCCUCAGUUCUUUGUGUUUCUCACACUGGGUUUUGCACCCCCCUCCAGGAAUUAUAAUAAACCUGUAUAGCAGUUUAUUCAACUACUAAAUUGGCACUAGUUAUUCUGAGGGCACAGAUUUAUUGUUACCAUGGCUAAAAAUGAGAUGUUAAGAGUGGAAACAUGCUAAGUGGUAACAUUUUGCUAUCUGUAUUUGACAUUCAUGCAGCACUGAACUGUAGUAAAAGUUAGCUAAUAGCUAGGUCGGGCUCUUCUGAGUUCAUUGAAAUCUGAACCAUGGUCAUUAAAUGCAGGCCUCCAUCCAAUGAAAUGUAAACAUGCUGAGAAAGAGGUAAUUUCUUGAUUACAUGAAAUUAUUUGUCUCGUUUAUUGUGCUGAAGUCAGCCUUUUUAAAAUGUUUUUUAGCUGUAAUGUUUGUAUUGUGCCAAUAAUGAAAUUGUGAAUAACUGUGUGCUCAUUAUAUUUCUAAUUUUAGAUGGAUAAUGUCAAAUUUGGCUCAGACCCUCGAAGAAAUCCGGUUAUCAUUGUUUUUUGUGAGAAGGUCUCUUUGUGCGCUACUGUCGCUGAUAGUAGCUGGUGGCUUUGCGUGUCCUUGUCACCUUUGUCUUUGUGCUCAGACCAGCUGGAGGUGACACUACUCCUCUCGUCUUUGUGCCCCACUUCAAGGUGCAAAGUCCUUCUGCAAUCCCUCCCAAGGACGCUGCAGCUGCAUCUUAGUUACACAGUGUUUGGCUCUCGAAAGCAGCGUUAAAUAUGAGGUUCUUAAAAGGUCCUCGAAGGGUAUUUCUGUCUGUAGAUUUGUCAUCAGAAGCAGGGAAUUAUCACAGGAAGGAGAUGAAAGGAUUGCUUGAAUAUUGAAUGAACACCCGCCUGUGUAUUGUGUGUGUGUGUUAUUCACAUGAUAAGUGCUUAUUUCUGGCCAUUUGAUAGGCUCCUUUUAGUUGCCAAUAUCAAUCCAAUACCUCUGAUAGCGGCUGUGGGAGACACAAGGGGUUUGUCUUCACACAUCCAAUUAUUAGAACAAAGAUGGAAGUCUAAGACCAUAAUACACUACAAGGUCCUGUGACCCAAAAUCAUCUCUCUCGCCGGCUUGAGUGAGAAUAACACCAGAUUCCUCACAAAUUUAAAAUGCCAGGCCGGGCUUUGCAUAUUUAGCAUUAAUAAAGGCCAGCUCAUUCAAAACUCAUUUGCUUCUAAUUUUAUCUGUAACCUUGACCAGUGCUGAGACAUUCCACUUGGGAGGAAUAUGGAUACAGUCAAAUCUGACUAAUCCAAAAUGGAGGUUGUCUGGAUUUGUGAGAUUUAGAAAAAUAUAUAUCCGUUUGUCAUGUAUUCAGAGUAGUAGUAUCUCAUUUUGGAUACCAGGCUGUCAAACUCAGUUUAGAUUAGGGUUAAGAUGUCUGCGUGUACAAUUUUAAGAAAUGUCUCACUGUGUAUUUUGUCCCCUGUGCCUGUUUGUUCGGCUGGUGUUUUUGGAUUUUCAGGACUUGCAUAAACAAGGGUCUACUAUACAUACUGGCAGAUUAGCAUACAUGCUAUUUUUGGGCAUGCAGGCCUACAGAGGGGUCCAGACUUAGAGGCUCUGUGUUGUAACUAAUUCUAGUUUGUUAAUUCAUUGGUGCCCAGAGCAACUUUCAGUUUACACAAGCACAGGAUCAGCUUCUGGACAAUAUUUCUCGAGCAGGUAGAGAUUUGGUGUCUUUUACUAAAAGAAACUUGAGCGAAGGACAGUGGAUUUGUAAUGGUGGGUUAACAGAGGUUUACCUCCAAGGCUGAGGAAAAUAUUUGUUCUUUUUAAACUCUUUCUAACCCUGAUAUUUUUGGGUGGAUCCAAGAAACUCAAUGUUGUCUUCAACAGGGAAAAAAAAUUUUAACCUUAUUUUUAAAAAUUGUUACUAAACAAUAUCUGAAAAUUCAAUGAGUUUCUUUUAGUUCUUUUCUGGUGCAAAUGCCGUUUUGAUGAAAAUAGCAUUUCCUCUGAUUUGUAAUCUGAGAGACUCUCCAGCUGCUAAAUCUGGUUACAUGGUGAAUUUCCUCCUGCUUUUUAUAUUGAAUUUGACAUUACUUUAUAAACUGCAUCACACACCUAAACACUAGAUGUUUGACUUUCAUUAGUGUAGUGUUUUGUCUAAGUUAGGUGUGGUCCUGCUGAAUGAUUUCAAAGAUUUACUUUUGGAACCACAUUGUAAGCAUUAAAAUAUGUAUCAUUGUUUAUAUUUUUGAAACUCUGUGAUGAUUUUUCUGAGGUUUGGUUGCACCAGAUUUAAAAAAACGAGAAGGUCAACCUAAAGUCACUGCUGACAGAGGAAGAAAGUAGCUCCAGUCUAAUACCACCAUCACAGUCCCUUCUUCAAAGAAGAAAUAUCUCAAAACGUCAAUAAUUCAAGCGCAGUAAUGUUUCCAUUUUCUUCUUUUUCUACCACAAAACUCACCUGAACUUAUCUCUUCCCUACAGAUCGACCCAAAGGUGGCGUUUCCCCGCCGGGCUCAGCCUAAGGUGAGUGCGCCCUGAAGGGGUUAACACUGAGGAGAAGCAGUGAUGCUGUCAUGUGUCACCUCUCAUCACUCAGCUCUGGUUGGCUGGGAUUAGAGUCAGGGCACGUGACCAAAGAGGAGCAACAAUCCACUUGUCCAGCCUGACCCUGUGACCUCUGUACCCUGACCCCACCCGGCCCCCCUCCCCCCAAUAAGCAGCAGCCAACAUCUUUCAAAGACACACCUACACACACACACACACACACACACACACACACACACACACACACACACACACACACGCACACACACACGCACUCAGAUAGUCCAAACAAACAUGAAUGAAUGAAUGAAUGUCUACACAAAAUACUCACCUGUACCCCUGCACACAUGUCUGAGCUCUAAAUAUAAUAGAGCUUAAAUGAAAGGUAAUUUGGUUCAGUGCUCAGAAGAGCUUUCAGAGAUUAGAUAAACACAAACAAACACAAAGUCUCUUUAUCACCAACAUCUCCCCCUGCCUAAUGUGAUUAGUGGUAAACGAUGCCUUCUCCUUCUUCUGUUGCUAGCUGGUGACCAGGACAAAGAAGAUCUUUGUCGGAGGGCUGUCAGUCAAUACCACCAUCGAGGAUGUAAAGCAUUACUUUGACCAGUUUGGAAAGGUAAACUAUACAAAAUCAUCUGUUUUGUAGCUCUGUCUUUUAGCUUCAAGUUUAGUAAUUCCCAACCAACACGCUGCCUGUUCACAUAAAUCGUACACACAUCUUCAUAAUCAGCCCCAAAACAUUAAAAUUGCAGACAUCAAAAAGCAACAGUAUCUGAUCUUGACUAUACAUUAGUUAGCCCAUUUUUUAAGCUGCUUUACUUUAAGCUGGUAGUUGUAGUUGGCUAUGUCAGCCAUUUCUCAUUAAGCUAAUUCUACAUGUAUGCACUACCUUUAGCUAUCUAUGUGUUUCCUUUGGUAGAUGUUUUUGCCAUUAUUAAGUAGUGACUGUUUGGCCGUGUUUCUCAUGCGGCUAGUUGUCAUACACUCACGUGCCUGCUGUGUUAAGGUGUUAAACUGUGCCAGUAUGCCAGUUUUGUGGUUUAUUUGAAUGAUUUGAUCUCCUCAACAACAUUUAGCUCUUGCUACUUUGAAAGGACUCCCUUGGUACAUGUUACAUUUGUGGGGAAUCACUGCUCUGAUGGACUGUAACAUCUUUUACAGUUUAUAUUCAUCUGUUGGCGCUAAUCCCUUUGACAUCUAGCAGCUUUAGCAUGUUUCUCUUCUUUUGUUUGAAUACUUUUACUUUUAAUUUGAGACAUAAAAAAGUGGGAAAUGUGCUUCAUUUCAAAGAGAAAACAAAGCAGAUGUUUUAAAAAGAAUCAAAGCGAGAGAAAAACUCUUUGCACUGGAUCAGUCACAGUGUUUGUUAGUAAGUUUAUCUCUCUUGUUGUCUGUUUUGCCUUUUCCUGAACCCAUCACAGUGCUUUUGGCUUCAUACAUAUGUCCUGCUCCGCUCCUUUGAAUGAAAUUUGGUGAAAGGCAAACACAUGCUGUGGAGACAGAUGAGUGGCCCAGGAAAGGGAGAAAGAAAAAAAAAGAAGUAGCAAGAGGAGGGUAGAUGGCGGGGGACUGAAAGGGAAGAAGCAGCCCCCCAUGGAGAAAGUGGGAGGGGAACUCAGAAGGGCAGAGAAAAGGAGGAAUGUUGAGAUAGUGUAGGGAUAAAAAGUGGCUAUUAAAGAGAAAAACACCAAACUGAUGGGACGUAAAUAAAUCAGAGUUCCCUUCAUGUAAGACAUGUCAGGUUACUUUUUAACUAACUACACUUUAGGGGGAUUUGGGAGGAAGGGCGAUAAGAGUUCAGGCUCUUCAGUAUUAACUAAUCAAAUGCAACAGCUGCUCCUGUAACCCCCCUCCAUCCCCCAAACUUCAACCAAAAUCUGUACCUCAACUCCCCUCCUAUCCCACAUACACACACCCUGCUCCAGUCCCUCUCAGCUUGUUGCCGUGGUGACCCGCUUUUACCCAUUGUCCUGCUGUAAUCCUGUGUGUUUUUUUUGUUUCCUUUAAAAAUUGAGUAAGAAGUGUGUAUUUGCAUGAAUGGGAAGAAGUGUGUGUUUGUGUACGUGUGUGUGUGCAUGUGCAGAAAAGUGUGAUAGUAGCAUGGUUUUGCCAGUGCAGGGAGGAGAGCUUGCAUAUUUUUGUUUCAGACUCUAACACUCACAGGCAGAGAUACAGAUGUCACAAACAUAAAGUGUGGUGUUCUAGAGUCGUAGAGCAGGAAGAGCAGCGUCUGAAGAUGAACAUUGCUUCAGGAUGUCGGCCUAAUGGGUUGGAAGAAAUUAACAGCACGAACCUCCUUCUGCCUCGUGUCUGCCCGUGUUUUCUCUCAGUUGCCCUCUGACUCAUGUUUGGGGUAUUACCAUAUUUCAGGUGUUGGCUCAAUUCAGAUGGUGUCUUCUAAUUCUGGGUCACAAACCUGGAUUACAUGUGUGACCAUCACACUGUUAAAUCACUCUAAUGUGUAUUUUGUGACAAGUGUCAUGCUUCUUGAGUGUGUUUUCUAAAAUGGCAGCUCUGUGCCGAAUCAGUUCUCCCCGGUGAUCACACACACUCAUAUCUAAGACAACACUCCCUCCACAGGAUGAGGGAAUAUUUGGACUGUUUGGACACGUGAGACCAAAGCUGGAUGGUGGAUAGCGCCAAUCCCACAGUGCAUUCCUGCUGUGCAGGAGGUAUUUCUUGUUUAUUAUCUGAGCCUGGUUACAAGGUGCAGGUUGAGAUGAAGUCGGACUGAGUGUCCUGUUUAUUUUCUUACUGUGGCACCGCCUCGCAAAGGAAAACACAGAAUGCACUAUGCAUUUUCACCGCUUUGAUGCAGGCCGGCGUACAUGUUUGUGGAGCCCACUUCUAAAAGCACACCUACGCAAACUUCAUUUGAUUGGACUAAACUGGCCGCCGACUUGACACAUCAGGUGUCCUCGACCAAACAGAACGGUUAAAAACAAACAACUUGUAGAGUAGACCUACACAAUUUGAUUAGAAUAUGCAAUUUGCAGUUUUAUUGUUCAAUGUUGUCAUGGUAGCAUUUACUGCUUUCAGUGAACAAUGCCUAAAACGGGCUUGUAAGCUUCAACAUAAAGUUUCUUUGUCCAUGUGCUGUCCUCCAUACUUUACUCAUGCUCUGAUUAUGAGGCAUGUUCCCCUUCAAGAAAAUGAAAAAGAGCCUUUUUGUGUAGUGGCCUCACAGGUGCCUGGUUCGAUUCCUCGCUGCGGCCUUUACAUAUAUGUGGAGAUUGCAUGUUCUCCCGUAGGGCUGGGCGAUAAAACGAUAACAAUAUACAUCAAAAAUUAAUUUCUCUCACUAUCAAUAUAAAACUUUGUCGAUAGGCUUUCAAAAUAAAACAUGGUCAAUAUGCUUUUUGGUAGUCGGCAUUCUGCCAUGUUUUGGUAGACUAUACAAAUAGCCAAUGAAAAGAGGAGUUUCUCCAGGUCCGCUUCCCAACCAAUUAUGCGCUGAAUUAGAACCAAGUAGCAAACAACUGCUUUGUCGAGAACAUGUUCUCGCAAAGUCUGGGAAUACCUCAAAUCUUUUUCACCACCUGAAGCAGCGCCACACGGCAGAGCAUGCGCAAUGCAAAAGGUUACAAACCCCAAGCGGAGCAAGGAGCCCCUGGCGCCUGUGCAGCCGAAACAGCCGUUCAUUCAGUCCGCUUUCUCUAGCCCAACGCCUUACGGCAAACCGUCGAAAAGACACAAAGACCUCACAGAUGCAGUAGCUUAUUGUAUUGUGAAAGACAUGCUACCAAUGAGCACUGUGAAAUUUCAUUUUUCAUAUCCUGACAAAUAUUGUUAUUGACUAUCGUGAUGAAGUUUUUCCCAUAUCGCCUAGCCCUAUUCUCCCGGUGCAUGCCUGGGUUCCCUUUGGUACUUCGUCUUCCACUCAGUGCUCUGAAUUGUCUGUUGGUGUGAGUAUGAGCUUGUCUUUUCCUCUUGCGCAGUGAUAGCUGGGGUACCUUAAGCCCCUCUUGCGACCUUAAAUGAGAUAAACGGUAUAGAUAAUGAAUGGAUAAUGUGUAGGCUGCAUCAUCUGACUUCCUGAAAAUCAUGUUAAAGCAUGGUCUUCGUGUAUAAUAUAUUUUUUUCCUUAUUUGCCAUGAUAAAUUUUGUUGCUUAUCUGUAAGGCGUGCAUCCUAAUCCACCAAAGAAGCUUGUUUGGUUAAAACUUUGGUGUAAGAGGAUACUCGAGGAACCGAUGAUGAUGAUUUGGCAACUCAGCAAAUCUAGCCUCCUGUUUCUCAAUGAAAGACCACAGAAGGCUUGUUUGUGUGGUUAGUAAGUCAGCAUCCUGAUGCGAAGGCCUUCUAAUCCCCCUCAACCUGGUAGAGAGUUUCGUAAAACUCCCUUAUUUUUGGCCCAGAAUGAACCAGAGUCUGUAUGGAGCAAGAAAACAUGUCUGAAGCUGUUUAUCAGGCACGCUGUUAGGUAUUCUGAUAAUUAGCAUUUUAGGCAUUUUGGCCAUACAGUCAAUUAUGUUUAAUCCAGAGGAAAUCCCUAGUUCCACGCUUCUUAUCCCGUCUAGCUGUGCUGCAUUCCUGAAAGUACCUAACAUGAAGAGCUACCAUUUAAAACCCGCUUUUUAAAAACUCCUUUGAAAUCAAAGAGAGAAUAGGUCAGAGCAGUGAGCGAAAGGAAGGAGUGGAUAAGAUGAAAAAUGCAGCAUGGACGGGGCAGACGGGAAAAGUUGGGACUCCACUCACCCAUGUGAGCUGGCGAUUAGGAGGCUUGACUGAACACUUUGUCUGCUGGCCUGUUUAGAGAGAGACGGCCGGAGAGAGAGAGAGAGAGAGAGAGAGAAUGAAAGAGGGAGAUGUGAGGAGACAGAAGGGGAAAAAAUGUGAAUGCCACCUUUCAUAAUCUUGCAAGUGGUGUAAUGGACUUGUCAGCAAACGCUUGUUCUUCAGACAAUAGCUGCACGCUUCACUAAAAACAGGAUAUUUUCUGAUGCAGGGUCACAGUCGAGCCUUGUUUCUGGCGUAUCUGAGAAUGUCAGAACUUUAUGAGAAUAUGACCUUAACUUUUCCUCUUUACUCACUGCAUGCAUGCGUGCUGACCGGUUAGCGACUGAGCCGCUGCUAAGCCAAUCUCAGACCCCCACAGCUAUCCAAUCAGAUUGUCUUACAGCACCCUGGGCAGUGGACAUCGGAGAUCGUCUUCUUAUUGGGUUUGGCAGGGGCAGGGGGCUGGUGUGCGACCACAGCAUAAGCUCACACACGUGAUGGAAUAUUUCUCAAGUCAUCACACCAUCAUAAUCCAAUGAAGAACAAUUACAUGGACCGUGUUAGCAUGAGGCUGCAGAAUAUUGCAUCUGUCCUGCCUUUAAAACGUUGGGCCAACCAUCUCUCAUCUCCUCCAGAAUAGUCGUUAAUGCUAAUGCUAACAGGGGGGCUAGCUGUGCGUGUAACUCUACUCUUAUGAUAACAUGUUGGCCUGCAGCUGUCUACUUACUGUCCUGUUCCCUGGCUCGCUGCUGUGUCAUUGAGUUGGGACGACCAGAAGGGUAGAAAAGCAUGAGAGGAGAGGAGAGGAGGAGGAAAGGGAAGAGGGGGGGUAAAAUCUGAAUGAAGGACGGGGGGGGGUUGGGGUAGGAGGGGCCUUUGUUUUUGUUUGUAUCCGCCGAGCUAGAUGGUGACAAGGAUGAGAGUUAAAAGGGUCAGGGGCUGUGAAUAAGCUCCUCUUAAUGGCGAUAUUUCCAUAAAGAGGAAUCUAGAAAUCUCUUCCUCUCAGUUGUAAUCUCAGUCAGACUAGAAGACGUGUUUCUUAUCUGAGGGUGACAGUUCGAAAUCAGACGGCCUGGUCAUUUAGAGGCCUCUGCCACUCAUGUUACAGGGGUUUGAGUUUCAGUGCUCGCGCCCUAAUGAAAAUAGACAUGUAGUCAUACUCCACAUGUGUCCCUCCAGGGCCACUGUUGCAGAUUUUUGUAAAAGUAGUGGCGCAGCUUUUUCAAAAUUCCCCGCUAAACAACAACAAGAAAGUGUUAUUUCCACAGCGACCCCGGGCCUUGGCUUCCUCCUCUCCUCUCCUCAUGCCGUCAGAGCUCGAGCAGAAGCUGCUAACUUUCCUGCCAGUGAAGGACAAGUGAGAGAGGGAGGGAGGGAGGGAGGGAGGGAGCAGAGAAGGGUGAAAAGAAGGGGGAGGAGGAAUAUGAAUAGGGCAGUGGAGUGAGUGCAAAAAAGAAAGUGGAGGAAGAAGGAAAAUAAAAGAAAAGCGUGUUGACAAAGACCCCUGAUCACUUUGUUCUUCACUCUCUGAUGUAAAAUACUCGAUGACAGAUUUUUUUCAUCCUUCAUCAAAACUUUACCUUCCAUGUUUUCUCUCCCUAACACCUCCCAUUAUUCAUCACUUUCCCCCUUUUUUUCUGUCACAUGCUCUCUCUCUCUCUCUCUUUCUCUUUUCUCCUCUCUCUUUUCUCCUCUCUCUUUUCUCCUUUCUCUUCUGCAUUCUAUUCAUUGAAAUUAGCCGGGGUGGACUGGGGGGCAAGUUCUUCUAAUUGAAAUUCUUUACAGCGUCUCCAUGGGAAUAGUAAACUUUGUGGAGAGGGAGAGAAAGACAAGCGAGGGUGAACGAAUGAAAGCGGGGGGAAAAGGGAGAAAGAAGGAGCAGUUUGUGAGAACUCUCAAAGAAUGGGAAAGAAUUUCCUCUCGCACCUCAUGAAGCGGCAGCAUUACCUCCUUUUUUCACCUUGAUAGAUUGUAUCCCACUUAUUUUUAUACACCCUAUCUCUCCCACCCUUCUCCUUUAUUUCCCCAUCACUCUCUCCUUCUCUCGCCCCUCUCAUUCUUUCUUUUUCUCGUCUCUUUUGUCACCUGUCACCCCUCCCUCUCUCCCUUCCACCCUCUCCAUCUGUUUUCCCCUCUUACUCCAAUGCUAAAGAGGGACAAUGGCACCCCAUGCUGGGUUAUGAUGUGUGUGUGUGUGUGAGUGCGUGCGUGUUAAUAUGUCGAAGCUCAUCUAUUCUCUGCUUUGUUCUCACAGGUCGAUGAUGCCAUGCUCAUGUUUGACAAAACAACCAACAGACACAGAGGUACGUCUGCACGGCUGUGAUACACACACAUUACGUUAAUGCGUGUAGACACACUAAGUGAGAAAUGAAAAGGGGAAACAGCGUGAUAGAGUCACCGGUUAAACCUUAGCAAAAAGGAAAAAAAAAAAAACAAGCUGAAUUUUUCUCCAAUCAUAUUCUUUUGUCUUUCCGGCGCUCUCACCUCCCAGUGUUCAUUUAUCUCUGUCUUCAGUCAAUGCAGCGCCUGCUGAGGGUCACCAUGCAGGGUCAGCACUGUGAGAAUGUUACUUAAUGAGACGAGUGAGGGAAGAGGGAGAGGAGGAAAGAGAAGGGUGGAGGUGGAGUUGGAGAAAUUGUCUGUGAUAAUUGGUAGAGGACAGUAACUCUGGGCACACAACACCCCUGCUCCUCCAUACGAUUGACAGGCGAACCAUGCCCCACUUGUUCUGGUGUUAUAAGCUCCUCCUGUUACAAAUAGCUGAUAACAAUGCGGCUAUAUCAAACCAUGGGUUACCUGUAGAGCAACAUCUGAGGUGUAAUAAAUCUGGGUGAAUGUCAAAAAUAUUCCUCUUGUCUUUGUAGGGAACUUAAAAAAGAAAAUACACCUUUUAUCUGUUCUUUGUCCCACACUGCAGGAUAUCGCAAACAGAUAAAGAGGUCAAGUGUUGAAAUAAGAGACUUUUGUGUGUGUUUGUGUGUGUGUGUGUGUGUGUGUGUGUGUGUGUGUGUGUGUGUGUGUGUGUUUGUGUGUGUGUGUGUGUGUUUUCCAGGCUUUGGCUUUGUUACCUUUGAGAAUGAAGAUGUGGUGGAGAAAGUGUGCGAGAUCCACUUUCAUGAGAUCAACAACAAAAUGGUAAGCACAGUUAAAAUAGUCAUCCAAAUACAUGUGUGUAGUCGACAGCAAGGGUCUAUGAAGUCUGAAACUGCUUUUAUUAUAUCAUUUCGUAAACUUGGGUUUCCUUUCCCUCAGGUGGAGUGUAAGAAAGCCCAGCCCAAGGAGGUAAUGACGCCGACAGGCUCAGCCAGAGGUCGUUCCAGAGUAAUGCCUUAUGGGAUGGACGCCUUCAUGCUGGGAAUCGGCAUGCUGGGUAAGAUGCAAAAUCAAAUAUUUGCCAGAGCAAAUACACUUUACAGGGGCAAACACAAGUUCAGCAGGAGUCACACACAGAGAAAGAGCAAAUGCAAAUCUAACAAUAACUCUAAAGUGAUCGUAAAAGUUUUUGUCACGAGCAGGUAGUGUCAUGGUUUAGAGCGCAUGCAACUAAUAUUGAUAUAAAGUGCCAUAUAUUAAUUGAUCAGAAAUUAAAUCGUAUUUUCAGGUAUUUGUGACAGGUUUUAGUUAUUUACAGGAAAAAAAAUGUAUUUGAAAACAACUCCUAAAGUCAGAUUUUGAAAGCUUUGGUACCGUGUUCAUGUUAAAAUAUUUUUGAGAACAAACUAGUCGUAUUAUUUAAAGUGUUCAAGUGAUGCCAGAUAUUUGAAAAGCCACCUAUUAAAGACACUCCACCAUCUCUAUCAUUUUCUAAUGUGAAUUGAAUACCUUGAUAAGUAUUAGCACUUUGCUCUCUACAAGCACCAUUUUUUAACUCAACUUCUGGAAAAAAAAGAGCAAUUAAAAAAAAAAAGACCUCCUGGUUAGGUUGAUAUCACUCUCUGGGAUGAAUUUCUUAAAUACAUCUCCGAUAAUUAAAAUGACAACGUGUGUUUAAUUUAGAGGUCAUACUCUGAAGGACGAAUGAUUUCCACACACUGGAGUAAAAUAUGGUCUGAUAGGAUUCUCAUUGAGAAAACAAACUAAGAGCCUAAUGUGUCCUUUUUAGGUUAUCUGGCUCCCCCUAAUGGACAUGUGUCAUACUGUCAGGAAGUUGUCCUUCAUGUGUCAAUAACUGCUGUCGCUGUAGGAUACACUGUGGGAUAUAUCUAUUUCUAGUUUCUCUCUGACGUCUCACAUCCUUAAAAUUAAGUGACAGUUUAUUCACUUUAAGGAAGAUGCUUAAAUUAUUUGUCACCAAACAGAAUAAAUGUAUUAGUUGACAGAGUAAAGACAUCAUUAAACCUAGGCCCUUUUUAUUAGUGGCUGCUGGUGAUGAGUAGAUGGAGUUACAAGAAGUUUUUAGGGCUUUCUUUCUAGUUAUGUUUAAAAAGGUUCACAUCUAGUUAUAGUAAAAUUUAUGGAAAGCAAGCUCAGAGAAGCUCAGAUUGUAUCUGAUGACUUUGACAUCUUAUGGAGGUGCUGGCUGAAGCAAACAAAACAUAUUUAUAAAAAUAUUUCACACGCUAUGGAUAGAAAACUAGUCAGCUGAACGACCUUUACAACAGGUAAAACAAAAGGACACAUAGUAAGGAAUAAAGGGCUCUAAUAAGUAGAUUAAUUUCACCAUUAACUUCCACCUUGCAAGACGGAGCGCUACUGCAGGUCAUUCCUCCCUUCUGCAAUAAGACUUUACAACGAACUGCAAUAAAACUGGACUCACACCACCACUUUUUUUUCUGGUACUUAAAUUGUGUAUAUUGUAGAUAGUUUUAUUUUAUUUUUCCUUUUUCUAAUUUUUUUCUUAAUUAGAACAAUUAGUUCAGUUCUUAAUAUACAAUCUUCAUUUUUAUAACUGCAUUUUUGCACUUUGUCUCUGAUGCUACUGUGACAAAAAAUUUCCCCCGUGGGGGAUCAAUAAGGAAUAUUCUAUUCUAUUCUAUUCUUAAAGCUUUCUGCCUGUUCUCACUCAUGCUAAAAACUUUGCUGUUCUGUGUUAGGCGCUAAAUUUAGGUUAGAUCAGGCUGGGUUAGAAGUACUGCUGGAACUGAAGGGGAAUUAGCUGAGGGAGGGCAUGGUGCAAAAGAAACAUGCAUAUCAGUUCAACUUGAUGAACCAUAAACACAGACUAAAGUGGCUACUGCAAAUCAAUAAAAUAAUGCAACUGAAAAUUCCUCCUAAAAUGCUGGCAGAUUGACUUCCAGUUGUACUCCAUGCUGUAGUAGAUGGUUGUUUUAUCGGCUUAACAGUUUAAUCCUAAUUCGGCGGAGAUGUAUUCAGCAAAGUUGAUAGAUUUUAUUAGUUUUGUCUCUGUCUCAGUUUAACAUAUUAUUGUUUCCUGUUUUCCAACAGGCUACCCAGGCUUCCAAACAGCAACCUACACGAGCCGCAGUUACUCUGGCAUAGCUCCUGGUUACACUUAUCAAUUCCCAGGUGAGUCCAUCUCCAUCGAAUCUUCAACUUCCUCUUUUAAGGUUUUUCUUUUCAGGUAAAAGAAAGAGGUCUGAUACUGUUUUAUAAGGGUUUAGAUAAUUCAGCUGUGACAUACAGGGGUCUUGAGUGUAAACUACACACACACAAGACCACAUAGACAUACAUGCAUACAGGUUUUACAUUUUAUUUCCAGCAGCGUCCUUGACAACUUGUAGAUAAACGAUAUGAUUGUGAUUCUUAAGCUCUUCCUGGCUCUGCCUCUGUCCUCCCUUAUAUUCUUCAGUGUUUAUUUGAUCUACUUAUGUAACCCCCUUUUUUUGGCUGUACCCCCGCCCCCUCCCUCUUCCUUCGCCCCCACCUUCCUGCCUGUCCUCAUUGUAGAUUUCUUUAAUAACAUGUCUGUGCUGUGGCUAAAUGUCUCUGUGUGUGAGUGGCCUGGUAGUGUGGCCAGUGUAAGGUGACUGUAUUUAUAAGCAUCUCUUUCGACCUUCUCUGUUUCUAGAAUUCCAUUUAGAGAGGACCCCCCUCCUGACAUCAUCCCACCCCCCUGAGCUGGCAGGUCAGUGGCUCCCAGAGAAAGUAAAAGUCACCAGCAGAACAGCAAAGUGCCUGCAAAAGAAAGAAUCUGGGGAUUUUACUGGAUGCUGAGCUGAUAUUCUGCUGAGAUUCAUAUGAAGUGUUUUUAUCUUUGAUGGCAGUAGUCAGUCAGAUCCCUCUUGUGUCACUGCUCAUAUUUUGUGCUCUGGAAACAGGUCUGUAGAGAAGAGUGUGAUAAUUUGACUUCACAUGCUCCUUUGAGAAAAAAAUUUGAUAUGUCAUGAAUCAGACUGAAAUGAACACUGGUACACCUCAACAGUGUUCAAAGACAAAAUAGCCUCAGUUAAUUUAACUGGAUUGCAUACUUAUGUUGAUUGAUAAAUUUUACCAUAAAAUAAAAAACAGUUAAUACCACUUUCACAAGGAUGAGAUGAACUAUAUGAGGGCAAUAGUAUAAUGUUUUUCCACUUUGUCCAUGGGGGGCGCCAAAGUCAACAUAGAAAGUUCCUUACAGGAAUUUAAAGCAUUACUGUGUAAAUUAUGAAAAUAUAGUAACAAAGGGCCUCAUAUUACAGUUAGCAGUCCUUAUGGAAUAAAAUUAAGUUAAUCUUAUCUCAUGUUAUUUAGGCUUAAGUGCGCUUUGUCAACAGCUAAUGGAAGCAGUAACAUUUAUAGGACAUUUAAUAUAAAAACCUCACAAAGACAACAAAAAGAGGAAAAUUCAAAUCAAAGUUAGGGUUAAAACUUAACUAAAAACCAUUUUAUUUCACAAUGGCUUUCAUCAAAUUGAUUCAAAUAUAGACUAUUUAAAUAAAAAAGCAGUACUUCACCUAUUGUAAGCAGGCCUUUACUGACUACGGGCUCAGUUGUUCUCCUAAAUCCUUUGUAAAGUAGUUGUAGAAUUAAAACCAUGUAGUUAUUAAGUUAGGACCAACACACCUACUCCUCAUUUUUAUCAGUUUUAUUUAGAAGCUAUUUUUAGACACAGGGUGUUUUGUGAAUGUGACCCCUACAUCCCUAUGCAGCUGUCCUCACACUGCCAUCUAGUGGUGCUGAGAUAUACUUGCAUCUCCUUGAAGUCCACAUCCGCCUUAUUUUUACGAUGUAAAUGACUCUGUUUUUGAUUUAAACAGUCAUUGGUCAUACUUUAUUGGGUGAUAUAUUUUGGGCACAGUUGUUUUGGAGAUUUUAUCGCCUCAACUUGGUGCAUUUUCAGAUGACAGAUGUUGGAGCAGAUGUUAAGUCAGCCGAGACAGAGCUGUAGAUCAUUACUCACAGUCUGAUAUGAGCAAUCAUGAAUGACUGUCAUCUGUGCAAUAAUCAUGUUUGUUUUUAUCCCUCAGCAAUUCCCCUGACUGCAUAUGGACCAAUGGCAGCAGCCGCAGCAGCAGCAGUAGUUAGAGGUGCGUGUGUGUGUGUGUGUGAGAGAGAGAGAGAGAGAGAGAGAGAGAGAGAGAAACAAGCUAAGACAAAAAAUGACGUAGACUUUAUUUUUUCCUCAGGUAGAAUGUGUGUACAGACCAGCUAGGACAAAUAACAGUAUAUUUUUAGAUGUGUGUGUGUGUGUGUCUCUGUCUCUGUCUGUCUGUCUGCCUAUAUGUGUGUGUGUGUGUGUGUGUGUGUUAAGCCCUCUAGUGUUGAAGCCUGACUCCUCUCCUCUGUCUCACUCAGGCUCAACCCCUUCACGCACAGCUGGUUUCCUGGGAACCAGCAGCCCUGGACCAAUGGCUGACUUAUAUGCUGCAGCCAAUCAGGACUCAGGAGUCAGCAGCUACAUCAGCGCAGCUAGCCCCGCCCCCAGCACAGGGUUCGGCCACGGACUAGGGGUAGGUCAACCCCCCCAUACCUACACACGCGCACUCCUUUAGCUAUGCAUGGGUGCACGCAUUCUUAACAAAGCUGAUAGAAAGCGUAUCCUCUCUUGUAUCCUCAGGGUCCUCUGAUUGCUACUGCGUUCACUAAUGGCUACCACUGAGAGGACUCAGGUCACUGAAGACAGGAGGGCUUCUCCUCUACUGAUGAGCCAAUCGGAACGCUGGCUGCCCACUGAUGGCAAAACCUGAUUGGCCUGCCACAAGCUCUUCCGGGAUCCCCUGGCUCCUUGUGGCUCCACCCACCGACUGAAUAUCUUUUUAAAUCCUGAACUCUGUUUUUUGCUGUACUAAUCUCACUUCAACAUAACAUCCCCGUCUCCCCCUUGUUUGUCCUCAUGUAGUCUAAUAAGUAGACCCCCACUUAUCCAUAAUUUUUCUUCUUUUGAAGCUGAGAGAAAAGACCUGCAAAAAAAAAAAAAAAAAAAUCUCUGAGGAAACACUUGUCAUAUUUGACAAAGACACAGAGGAUUAUUUUGGAUUUUUAUUUUUUAUUUUUAUUAUUUUAUUUUAAUGUGAUAUGUUGCUUCAUGAUGAAAUCCCUCACAGCUGUUAUCCAUGUGAAAGGAGAGAGAUGCGAGAUGGUCUUUGACAGAAAACAGUUUUUAACAAAGGAAGAACAAAUCCGACAGUCCUUUUUUAACUUGAGCAUCACGGAAACAUGAAAAAACAAGUAAAAUGUAUAUUUUGGUAGUCUUUAAAAAACAAAACCUUUGUAAUAUUGUUAUUAAUAUUGACAUAAUAAUGAUAAUCUGUAAGGUAUUUUAUUCUGUAAUUGGUUUUAAAGCAAUGUUUUUAUGUCUUCCUGUAAGAUAUUGUAUAUAGACGUUGGGGUGAGUUGGGGGGUGGGUUACUGAACCGGCUGGCAUGUCAUUGGUUGGUUCUGAAAGGGUUAACAGCAUUUUGACUGGAUGUCAUUUAUCAGUAUGCAUAUUGUUUAUGUGUACGUUUUUGGCCAGUCUUCUCCAGUGACUUCAGUUCAGCGCUGUCUACGUGAAACAAAACUUCCUGAAGUUUGUUUGGCGUCUCUGUUCAGUUAAAUAACCGUUCUGUUACAAAGUCAUCAACCUGUUUGCUUUGCUUUUUGAAAAAGCACCUCUGACUCUUUCAUUUUUAAACACCUUAGACGAACCAGAUUUCUUGCAUCUUCAUGGAAACAAUAAGAUGAUGAAGACUCACAAACAGGAGAAAUCAGGGGUUCACAGGGUCGGGAGCGGACUUGACUUCCUCUUUUUGAAAAUAUAUAUAGUUUUUCGCGCAAUUUCUCUUAAUGUUUUUUGUUUAUUGUUUUCUUUUGGAAAAAUUCUUUUAUGCGGUGUUCUCCACCGCAGAAACAAAUGAAGGACAUUCUCAGAGAAGCAAUUGUAGAAAACAUCACAAUCAUGUUCUGUCUUCUUAUCAUUAUUGAAGGUGCAUGUGAAUGCGUCUGAGUGUGUAUGAGUGAGUUUUUGUGCGCAUACAUCAAGGUGUAAUAUGGAACUACUUUUUGGCAAACGGAGGAGCAUUUUCGAUUGCCUUUUUUCGGUACUGAGAUUUAAAAAAAAAAAAAAAAAGAUCAGCCUGUUCCAUUUUGGCUCAUCUGCUCCUCUCCUCUGCCUUCCUUCCAUUUCAUACUUAGACUUCACAAAUUUGUCUCCUCUGGAAAGACAUGUCAUUGUUUCUAUACAGUUGCUGCUCCGUGUAGUGAUAAACACAGGGGAUGUGGGCAGGGAAACCAGAAAUGGAACAGGGUCUUGCUCCCGGUCAGCUCUGAUGCAGGCGAAUCUAGCUGGCAGAAAAAAGUAAAAAAAAAAUGCUGGAACAAUGUCAACAUCUGCAAAAACAUGAAGCCUGUUUGUUCAGCUCCUUCUUGCUGCAGCCUGUUUGAUGUUCAGCACAGCAGAAAACUUCCUGAUCCAGCCGGUAGUUUCUCCGUCAGAGCGCCCGGGACACGACAAGAAACUACUGCUGGACACCAACACUGUAACUUUUUAACUUACAAUAAAGCAAUAAGUUAUUUUUUACCUUACAAAUGAAAAUAGUACUAUUAUUGGUAAUAGCAGACGACGUGUGGAUAAUUCUGCGGCAUUAAAACAUAUUUUCAGAAAAAAAAAAAAAGAAACUAUAUUUUUCUGUUUUGAGAUCUUGUUCCCCUUGUAUAUUGAUUUAAUGAUGUCUUUGUUGUGUUGAUGUAAGGAAAAGGGCCAAUGCUUUGGGUGGAGCUUGUAGCUCUACAUGAGCUUAGUUCAAGUUUAAGAUUUGGGAUGUCCCCUGCCAAGCUUUACAGCAAUGCUUUUCUUUUUUCCUUGUUUUAUUUUUCUGAUAAUUUCAAUUUUAAAAUCCUAAUAAAUUAUUCUAAAGCAUUUGAAA